UAUGUUCAUGUUUCUCAUCAUCCUUUGGAUGAUACCUUCAUCUAUAUGCGUCGAUUAUCAGAUAACAGCGACAAUCAUCCCUGGUCUGUACUCCGGUACUGCUGACAAACAGUUUGUGACGAUUAAGGGGAAAGCACCUGUAGAGAAGGAAUGCUCAGCUGACUUCAAUGUGGAUAACCAGGAUGUCACGUGCUCGGUGCAGACCGAAAAUGCGAUAGAAGACUACAAAUGCUUGCUCUGGAGAACAGAUGGCAAUGAUGGUAUGGACCUCAGUAAGAUAAAAGUGAUCGCAGAUAACACGGUGAUACAUUUGAUCGAGCCACCGCAGGACGCUACCGUAAUAGCAAUAACUGGUGCAAAUAGCUACGUAUUUUGCCAUCAGCAACCAAGACAAAGAGAACAAGGUGAGAUUGUUCCAGUUAGUGCUGAACAAUCGGAAACGAAAGGACUGGAAACAGUCAAAGCGCUGUUUAACGCUGAGUUAGCUAUAGAUCUGAACCACGCGUCUGGGUGCACCGCUGUGCCUGACGGAACUGGUGUUAGCUAUGUGAAACUGAACUUUGGCAAGGUAUACUGUGUAGAGAAGGUAACGUGGUACCGUGACGGCGAAAUUUUCAAAACAUGGACCUGCAAUGAGGAAGGAUGUAGCUCAGACAACGGAGACGGGUACACUUUAACAGUAUACUCAGGAGGAGGAGGAGACCAACCACGCCCCUGUCAAUACGGAGAUACGGUGAAGCUGGCGAGAGAAGGGGGCCGUGUAUUGUCUGUGGCCGAGAUAUCAGUGAUUGCAAGACCAGAUGCUGAUUGCACGAGUGUUGAUUCAACAUGGACGAACGUACGAACAGAUCCAACACUUCCAGUCACACACGGAGUAGAGAUAACACUCAGCUGUCCUAAAGACUACACCAACAAGGGAGGUGACAAAGCAACUUGUCAGGACGGAACUUUUGUUCCAACUGGUCAACAACCUCCUAAUUGUCCCAAAUGUAUGACUGUCAACGAGGAUCUCAAGAUCACAGUGACGGAUCCUCAGUUACCAGCUGAAGACGGAGCCAGUAUAAACUACCGCUGUUCGAAGAAAUAUGCUAAAAAAGGAGGAAAUGUCAACCUGGUUUGUGAAAAUGGGAUUGUCACCUUCUCUGGGGGAAACACGCCGUGCUUCAAAAUAGGUACAGCUUCUUUGAUUCAACUGUACAUUAUAAAAAUGCGCGAAAUGUAA